UUUUGUCCCUUUUCUCACACCAACACAUCUUUUGCAGACUCUGUCUCUUACCCUUCUCUUCAACAUGGACGACGAUUGGGAUCUCCACGCCGUUGUUAGAGGCUGCGCCACCAUUUCCUCCACCUCUUCCACCACCACUACCACCACCUCCACCACCACCACUUCCUACCAACCUCCACCUUCUUCUUCAUGUGGGUUCUUUAACGAACAACAAAGCAAUGUUUUUUCGGUUUCCAACAACAACCCUUUUGAAUUAAGAAGCUCCAUUCAGGAACUUCAGCAUAAUCAUAAUCUUUGCAAGCCUUUCUUCUUCAAAUCACAGCCUUUUCAGUCUUUUCAAUCCUCUUCUUCUUCAUCAUCACCACCCAAUUCAGCUCUGACACAACAUAAACAGCACCAACAGAAUUGUAAUAACGGUAAGAACCCUCACCAUGCAGGUUCAGCUACCACCCCACGAUCUAAAAGAAGGAAGAAUCAGCUUAAGAACGUUUGUCAAGUUUCAGCUGAGAAUCUCUCCUCAGACGUAUGGGCAUGGAGGAAAUAUGGACAGAAACCCAUCAAAGGUUCACCAUAUCCAAGAGGAUAUUAUAGAUGUAGCAGCUCAAAAGGAUGUUUGGCUAGAAAACAAGUUGAAAGGGACAGAUCAGAUCCAACAAAGUUCAUAGUUACAUUCACUGGUGUACACAACCACCCUGCUCCAACUCAUAGAAACUCACUUGCUGGCUCUUCACGCCAAAAGCUACAAACACCUGAAAUAGCCACUACAGGGGACACUGAAAUGGUCCUCACAAUGAAGCCGGUUUCGAUUUCGGCUUCUCCUUCCACUUCAGGAGUGGAAGAAGAGGCUGAAACUGAGGCCACACCGGCACAGAAGUCGGAGAGCGAAGAGGACAACAUGGAGGAUUAUUUGAUGAAUGAUGAUGAUGGUGGGCUUGAGGAAACUGAGUUUGGUUCACCAGAUAUGGAGAUAACUGAUGAUUUCUUUGAAGGGUUGGAUGAACUGACAACAGCCGCUGAUGGAGAUUCAUGCUUUUCAACAAGUGUUCCUAAUCCUUCCCUUCCUCCUUUUGUGGCCAAUAGUGCUGCCACUGCUGCUGGUGGUAGCUGACUAAUUGGUUUCAUCAUUUCAUUAGAUUACUAAGAUCAGAUAUGUUUCAGUCUCAAAGAAUCUUCACAGGAUAUAUAGUUUAUGAAAGAAGCUUUUAGAAAAAAACAAAAGAAGCUCCAAUCCACAUCUUUUAUGAGAUAUAUUACAAGAUUUCUAUAUAGAGGAUAGAAAAACUUGUUUAUUUUUACUUUUUUAAAGUAGAGGAAAUGAUGCAUUUGGGAGGAAUAUUAACUAACAUUGCCUUGUUAAUGGGAAGGAAAGUGCUUCCCAUAUAGUAUGUAUAUAGAAAUAAGGUAGAUUUUUGGUAUUUUUAUGUUUUAUUAAUCUUAAUUAUGAAAAAUCAAUUGUUUCAA